AUGGCUGAAAAGUGCGAAACAAAUACCAAUGAGACAGCAAGUACACCCUCACAAGAAGAGAAACCAUCUGGAAACUGGUGGGACUCAUGGCUAUCAUCGGCCAAAACGAAGUCCGCAGAAGUAUACACGAUGGUGAAGAAGGACUUGGACGAGAUUGGCACAGCGGUCAAGUGUGAAGCGAGCCAUGUUUUCAGUUCUACCUCCAAUGUGCUAGGAAAGACUUUUAAGCUCGACGUACCAGAGUCCCCAGCAAAUGUUAUGAAGAAAAGUUUUAGCACGUUCAUUGGUCAAGUGAGCACGGUUUUGAAUCCGGAACCCGACGACGAAGAUGAUACGGAAGUAAUCUUGUCAUCGGGAGAUACAACAAUGUUGUCCACAUACAAAAAAGAGCUAGAAGCUCUUCAGCGAGUUGAUGCUACGUACAUAGUGCCCGCGUACAGUCCCGAGUUCGAAGCCUGGCGUUCCAGCCUCGAGAAUACGGAGGCCGGGGUCAUAACGCCCUCUUCGGCAAUAAAAAGACUUGAAUCGAAUCCCAUUUUGAAAGGGCAGUAUGAAAAGUUGGUACCAGAUGCUGUAUCACACGAAGAGUUUUGGGAGAGGUACUUAUUCCGCGUGGCGUUACUUCAGGAUCGGCUUGCCGCUGCUUCACGGAAACAACCGCAGGAGCAGCCCUCUGCCGAUCCAGUUUUGGCCAAUUUGCCUCUCCAAUCGCCUAUUCAACAGAGUCCUAAGAAAGUGCUAUCUGGACUAGACAGUGAUAUUCCCUAUGAAAAAGAUGAAGACGAAGUCGUCGCAUGGUCGGAUGAAGAUUUUGCACAUGAUGUUGAACUGACAGAGGAACAACAAAUACUACUUUUAGAAGAAUAUGAAAAGGAAAUUACUUCAAAGAAAAUAAACAAACGGUCAUCGUCAUCCUCACGAGACGUGGUUAACAAUAAUUCAGAAAACAGAAAGAAACUUCCAUCACUUAAAGACGAAAUGAACAAUCAAACCAUAGACAAGAAAAACAAAACUGGCAGGACGCCAAAAAAAGCGGUUAAAUCCGAUGAAUGUGGAAAUAAUUUAGUGGAAGACUAUUUUGGGGAUAAUCAGGUUAAAGACGAUGCUAGUGCAAAUUCUGACGAGAGUUGGGAGAAGGAAUUCGAAAUAGAGGAACCUGUGGGACAAAAAGCCUGA